AUGGCUGAAUUGGUAGGAGGAGCAAUUCUUUCCGCUUUCCUUCCGGUUUUGUUUGAGCGGCUGGCUUCCCCUGAAUUUCGGAAAUUCUUCGACGGCCAAAUUCUCCAAGGCGAACUCAAGAAAUUGAAGAUAACGUUGAAUUCUGUUAAUGGACUGCUCACUGAUGCAGAGGAGAAGCAGAUCACUAAGCCUGAUGUGAAAAUUUGGCUCGACCACCUCAGAGAAGCUAUCUACGAAGCAGAUGACUUGCUGGAUGAGAUAGAGUAUAAAGCACUUAAAUCGAAGUUGAAAGCUACUUCUUGGAUGGAGAAGGCGACGGGAUUUAUCUCCAAAUACAAGAUCAGACAAAGGUUGGAAGCCAUCCUUAACACACUUCAACUCUUGUUAGACCAAAAGGACACACUAGGUCUUGCAGAAAAACUGUCUUUGCCGCCGAAAACACCAACUACUUCUCUGCGAGAUGAUGAUGAUGAUUCCGAAAUUGAUACUAGAGUUAAGGACAAGGAAGCCAUCAUAGAAUCUCUACUAUCUGAUUCUGAUUCCUUGGUUGUGAUGCCCAUCUGGGGUAUGGGUGGGAUCGGUAAAACUACUCUGGCUCAACUCGUCUACAAUGAUACAAGAAUAGAAGCUCAAUUUCAACACAGACCAUGGAUCUUUGUAUCAGAAGUAUUCGACGUUACCAGGGUAACGAAAGAUAUUCUCAGGGUGGUCAAUCCAGAGUCUUCAAACUAUGAUAGAUUGGAUCUGCUCCAACGACAACUGCUGAAGGAAUUUUCCUCGUUGGAGAGAAAACUUUUGAUUGUUUUGGAUGAUUUUUGGAGCGAUAAUACUCGUGAUUGGUACACUUUCCUAAAACCUUUCUUGGAGGUUGAGGCAAGAAAAGCAAUGAUUAAGAUCGUUGUUACAACCCGCCAUGAAAGCGUGGCAAGCCUCACCCUCACAGGGCCUGUUGAAGUUCGUCAUUUGAACGAAUUAACAGAUAGGGAAUGCUGGUACUUGCUUGAAAAGCAUGCAUUUGUCAAAGAUGAUUCCAAUGCUUAUCCUCAGUUGAAAGCGCAUGGUGAGAAAAUUGCAAAAAAUUGUCGUGGUCUACCCUUAGCAGCAAAAACCAUCGGACGACUGUUAAGUGCAGAAAGAGAUGUUCAGAAGUGGAAGGAAAUAUCGAGCAGCGAUAUAUGGGAUCUAAAGAAUGAAGACAUUAAUUCAGCGCUAAGAUUGAGCUACCAUUAUCUCUCAUCGCUUUCAAAAAGGUGUUUUGCUUAUUGUGCUCUAUUUCCCAAAGGUUAUGAAUUUGGCAAGGAAGAAGUAGUUCUUCUAUGGAUGGCAGAGGGCUUCUUUGUCCAAGCCCAAGGAAACAACUCAAAGAAGGAGAUGGAAGAAAUAGGUAACGGCCAUUUCAAUGAUCUUGUGACAAGAUCAUUUUUCCAACGAUCUAAAGGCAGUAAAUCACACUUUGUUAUGCAUGAUCUCUUCAACGACCUAGCUAAAUUUGUUUCUGGAGAAUUUUGCUCUCGAUUGGAGGGCAACAACUCGAGCAACAUUGUUAAGAGGACCCGUCAUGUCUCGUAUGCAGAUGUGGAUCUUGAUUCACUCCAGAAAUUUUCAGGCGCUUGUAAAGACAAUGUUUUGCGCACUUUCAUAUCAUUGGAGCCGUUGGAGAGGCGGUCGACUUUCAAGAGGCGGUCGACUCUCAAGACUGAUGACGUAAUGUUGCUAAAAUUUAACUGCAAAAUUCAACAAAUUUACUUAAAAAAAUACUAA